UAUUGUCAGGACACUAAUCGGUUUCACAGAGAAUCCGAGGUGAUGUGGAUCAUCACUACGCUGGAAAUAUAAGAGUCCUCAGUUAGUGAAACUUACUGAAGAGAAAGUAAAAGUGUCUCAGAGCCGACACAGACGACGAGUCCUCCCUCACGCUGUCAAGUCGGGAUGUCGGUGCCGUUCUCGGGCUGGGAGGUGGUGGACGAUGGAGCUUCCUAUCCUGGGGUGGAGCUGAAGCCGUCGCAGAAGCCUCAGAACCGGGGCGUCUACGCCAUGUACCACGGCACCAGCGUGGCCAGCGCUCGCCUCAUCAUCUCCGGUGGCUUCAAACGGUCGGCCGGCGGCAUGCUGGGACCGGGCGUCUACGUGAGCCGGAACAGGAGCAAGGCAUCCAGCUACCCGCUCCACGCGCAGCCUGCAGACCGCGUGGUGCUUGAGCUGCGCGUGCGGGUGGGGCGCGUGAAGCGCAUCGACAAAGACAAUCACCCUAUGCAGUACUCCUGGCACGCAAAGGGCUACGACACCGCCUGGGUCCCCCCCAGGUGUGGCAUGAAGGCCGUGCCCAGCGGCAGAGAGGAAGACUGCGUGUUUGACCCCAGGAGGGUGGAGGUGGUGGGCAUCGCAAAGGCCCCGAGCCCCAGCGUCGAGAAAGAGCUGCGGCAGCUCAUGGGCAAAAGAUCCAAAAGAGGAGAUGCUGCUGCUGCUGCUGCUAAUGCCGUUAAUGUGUGUGCACUGUGCAAUAGGAAGACCCAGGAGGGCUCUCAGCACAUCAAGCAGCAGUGCUGGCAGUGUGGGACAACCAUCUGCAUUCUGGCGCCCAAGCACUUCUGUCCAGCUGAACCCUUGCCGUUCUCGGGCUGGGAGGUGGUGGACGAUGGAGCUUCCUAUCCUGGGGUGGAGCUGAAGCCGUCGCAGAAGCCCCAGAACCGGGGCGUCUACGCCAUGUACCACGGCACCAGCGUGGCCAGCGCUCGCCUCAUCAUCGCCCAUGGUUUCAAGCAGUCGUCAGGAGGAACGCUGGGGCGAGGCGUCUACGUGAGCCGUAACAGGAGCAAGGCAUCCAGCUACCCGCUCCACGCGCAGCCUGCAGACCGCGUGGUGUUUGAGCUGCGCGUGCGGGCAGAUGGCUACGACACCGCGUGGCUUCCCCCCAGCGCUGUGCGUUUAGAGGAAGACUGUGUGUUUGACCCCAAGAGGGUGGAGGUGGUGGGCAUCGCCCAGGCCCCGAGCCCCAGCGUUGAGAAAGAGCUGCUGCAGCUCAUAGGCAAGAAAUCCAAAAGAAAAAAUGCUGCUGCCGCUGUUGCUGCUGCUAUUAAUUGUAUAUUACAUUUUUGUUUGACUGAUCCGCUCCUGAACUGCUUUCAGUUCUACACCGCUUUCUCUCUGAGCGUGUCAAUAAAUGAUAAGCGCUCAGCUUUUUCUCUCUCUCUCAGCGUCUCCUUCCCAAGCGGCAUGUCAGUGCAGUUCUUCGGCUGGGAGGCGACCUACGACGAUGACUCCCCUCGCCUGGAGCUGGGGGCCGCACAGGAGCCUAAAGACCGCGGCGUCUACAUCAUGUUCCACGGCACUAGCGUCGCCAACGCGCGGGCCAUCAUCACCAAUGGCUUCCGACAGUCCCCGAAGGGCAUGCUGGGCCCGGGAGUGUACGUCAGCCGCGACAGGAAGAAGGCCGAACGCUACCCACUGAACAUCAACCACGCGGAGCGCGUGGUGCUGGAGCUCCACGUGCGCGUCGGCCGCGUCAAGCGCAUCGACAAGGACGACCAUCCCAUGCAGUACACGUGGAGCAAGCAGGGCUACGACACGGCGUGGGUCCCUCCAAACUGUGGCAUGAAAGCCGUGCCCAGUGGUCUGUCGGAGGAUUGCGUGUAUGACCCCCAAAGAGUGAAGGUCGUGGCCGUCGCCAAAGCACCAGGCAGCGUGCUCACUGAGUUCCAACAGCUUGUGGCCAACAGUCUAGGGGAUAGUGCGGAGGUGGACUCUGCCGGCGUGUGCUCCGUGUGCAAUAGGAAGACCACGCAGGGCAGCCCACACGUCAUUCAGCCAUGCUGGGGCUGUGGGCAAAACAUCUGCCCUCUCAUGAACAAGCACGUCUGUACAGUUAGAAUCUGACGAACGCUACCUGGACCAAACUAAGGGUGACCUUCAAUGUAAAUGGUUACGAUUGCAAUCGCAGAAAUCUUAAAAAUGGCCUCUUCCUCGACUUCACGUGUGUCAUUAAUUAAGUUAUGCUGGACACUGUUCAACAAGUCUGGACAGUCUGUGAAUAUCGUCUGCAAUGUCCUUUGAAAGGCCCUUAAUGAAAACAAUGGACAUGAGUAGUGCAAUGUUAUGACACGUUCUAUAUCAGCAUUCAAAUAUGCUUGCAUGCUUUUGUUUACAUUUGUGGACACUGUGUUUCUCUUGUCUCUUAUUGUUCAUUAUGUGCAAUGAAGAAGAGAGGUGUAGUACAUUUAAACAUAAUAUGCAGCAAGUUUCAUAAUUUGAUAUGAUAUUGUGAACUCUGAUGCAAAAGUAUUCAUGGACAGGCAUUAAACGUUAUGAUAAGACACAA